UUUUUUUUGGAAUAGUGAACAGUACAUGCGGUUGCUGUUCACCGCAGGUAUAUUUUUUGAGCAGUCCGAUUUUUGAUCAUUUUUAUCACUAUUUCCAACCGAUUUUGAGAGCAUUUGAACGAGAUUGAAGGGAGUUUCGACUGGAAUCAUUGGAGAUUCUACGCGCGAAGAGGCGAACUCAAAAGGCAAAGGCAUAGCGAGGUAAACUUUGGAUCGUGUCGAGAUACAGGUAGAGCUGAUACGGCACCCGAGCGUUGAUCGCACCCAGCCAGGCUGUGUCGAGGAGUGACGAGAUGGCGAGAACACGCUCUAAUGCUCAGGACGGACGACCACCAUUGCCACCUACCAGAGGUCGUGGUCGAGGUCGCGGUCGAGGCCGUGGGCGAGGUAGGGCAGCACCUAUAGACCCUCCAGUUGCCCCAGUUCAGGCUCCAGCUGCAGAGACUACAGCAGCAACACCUGUUCAGGCACCAGCUGUGCCUAUUAUUAUUCCGGGUCUUCAGGAGACCUUGGCGCAGAUUCUGACAGUAUGUACUGGUUUGGCUGCAGCAGCUACUUCCCAGACAGGGGGAGGUAAUCAGACCCCAGUUGCUCGCACGCCGGAGACAGUAGUUCAGGGAGUGCAGGUCCCUGAGGUUCCACCAGCUCAGCCGGUUGCCCCAGUGCAGCCGAUGGCACCGGUUCAGGGUGAUGUUGUCCCUGUUAUGGCGGACGAUGAGCAGCGUCAUCUCGAGAGAUUUACCAGAUUAGCACCUCCUACUUUCAGUGGUGCUCGGGGCGAGGAUGCCCAAGGUUUUCUUGAUAAAUGUAGGCGUAUGCUGCGGACAGCAGGUAUUCUGGAGACCAGUGGUGUAUCCUUCACUACUUAUCAGUUCACUGGUGCAGCUUUUAAUUGGUGGGAUGAGUAUGAGCGGCGUAGGCCGGUUGGUUCAGCGCCAUUGACAUGGAAGGAGUUCUCCACUCUCUUUUUGGAGAAGUGGGUGCCUAGAUCUCAGAGGGAGGAGUGGCGUAGGCAGUUUGAGUAUCUCAGACAGGGAGAUAUGGAUGUUUCUCAGUAUGAGGCGAGAUUUACGGAGCUAGCUCGUCAUGCUCCGUGGAUAGUCCCGACUGAUCGGGACAGGAUUCGGAGAUUUGUGGAUGGGCUUAAUUACCCCAUUCGUAUUCUUAUGGGCUGAGAGAGGAUCUUGAGCCAGACUUUUGAGGAGGCGGUGGAUAUUUCCCGAGAUAUUGAGAUGGACCGUCAUCUAGAGAGAGAGGAUCGGGAGGCUAAGAGGCCUCGUGGUUCCGCCAGUUAUAGCAGUGCUCCAUCUAGGGGCCACCAGCAGCAGCAGGGUAGGGGUCGUUCUUUCAGGCCUCAGCAGUCAGCUCGCUCAGAGCAUCGUGGGCCAUCUUCAGGCCGUGGUCAGCAGGGCUUUCAGCAGAGCCAGUCAUCAUUUAGUGCUCUUCCAGCUCAGGGUUCUUCACAAGCCCCAUCGGUUCAGGGUUCUUCUGCACCGAGUGCGCCAGCUAGUCACUCCGGUGCGAGGGGUUCUUUACAGUCUCAUCCUCCAGCAUCUAGAGGUUGUUUUGAGUGCGGAGAGUUGGGACAUGGGUGGAGGCAUUGUCCUCACCGUACUGCUAGUUCAUCACAGCAGAGGGGUCAGUCCUCAUCUUCCGCACCAGUUAUUUCUGCACCCACCCUGUCAGCUAGGGGUGAGGAUCAGGCAGCUAGAGGCCGCCCCCGAGGGGGAGGUCGAGCGGGCGGUGGUCAGGCUCGUUUUUAUGCUCUUCCAGAUCGAGCAGAUGCUAUUGCUUCAGAUGCUGUUAUUACAGGUAUUAUCUCAGUCUGCCACACAGAUGCCUCUGUUUUAUUUGAUCCCGGAUCCACUUAUUCCUAUGUUUCUUCAUAUUUUGCCCGACAUUUGAGUAUGCCCCGGGAGUCUCUUGCAUUACCUGUUCAUGUG